CGGUGGAAGAAGCAAGCAAGAAAGAAAAAAAAAAACAAAAUGAAACACGCCGAUAGCCGGGGGUCUGCCCCGAAAGUGAAGAUUCCGCUGAAGGAAGAAUCCACCUCCUAUCGGGUACAUAUUGCGCUCGGACUGUUUCUUGUGAUUAUGUUCCUGUCCUUUCCGACGCUUUGUGGAGGCCACGGCCACGAGCAUGCCCACGACCAUGAACAUGAUCUACACGAUCACCAUCAUCAUCACGAAAGUCCCAGCUUUAAGUAUUCGAAGCAUGCGAACGAGAUGUACGAGGAAGAACCGGUAGCGGUUCCACAUCACCAUCAUCAUCAUCAUCAUGGUGGAGAUGAAAACCAUGAUCAUCAUCAUCACCACCAUCAUGGUGGCGGUCAUCAUCAUCAUCACCAUCAUCAGGAAAAGCCUACAAGUGAUAGUAAACCUCCGAGAGACACCUUCUACAUCUGGGUGCAUUCUCUGGGCUCCACGUUGCUGAUUAGUGCGGCACCGUUUUUCAUCCUAUUUGCCAUCCCUCUAGAUAACACGGAGGAGAUGCAGCCACGCUUAAAAACACUGCUCGCCUUCGCUUCGGGCGGUUUGCUCGGGGAUGCCUUUCUGCACCUAAUCCCACACGCCAUUCAGCCACAUUCGCAUGCGGACGGUGGACACUCACACGGCCACGGUCACUCUCAUAAUCAUCACGGUGAGGAAGGCGAAAGCCAUGGGCACGAUAUGCGUGUUGGACUGUGGGUUUUGGCGGGAAUUAUAGUGUUCUUGGCGGUUGAAAAGUUUGUCCGGUUGAUCAAGAAAGAUGCGGGACAUGGACAUGGCCAUGGACAUAGUCACGGGGGAUCGAAACCGGUAGCUCCGGUACAGGACAAAAAGGCGGCCAAGAGCUCACCACCACCAUCCCCUGCUGAGGGUAAGAAAGACAAGAAGGAUAGCAGCAAAAAGCAACCGGAAGGAGGAAGCACGAAAUCGAAAAAGGAAGAAGCGAAAGCAAAGGGCAAAGCCGUGCGGAAAGAACCGAAAAAGGAAGCUAAUAUUAAGAUCGCUGGCUAUCUUAAUUUGGCGGCCGAUUUUACGCACAAUUUCACGGAUGGGCUGGCAAUUGGUGCGUCUUAUCUGGCGGGUAAUAGUAUCGGGCUGAUCACGACGAUCACUAUCCUGCUGCACGAGGUUCCGCACGAAAUCGGUGACUUUGCGAUCCUCGUCAAGUCGGGCUGCUCCAAGAAGAAGGCCAUGCUAUUGCAGCUAACGACCGCGGUGGGUGCACUGGCUGGUACCGUUCUUGCCCUGUUGGGCAGUGGGAGUGAUGCGGCCGAAUCGUGGGUACUUCCGUUCACUGCCGGCGGUUUCAUCUACAUUGCGACCGUUUCGGUGAUACCGGAGCUGUUGGAAGAGUCCACCAAGCUGUGGCAAUCGCUGAAGGAAAUUACGGCCAUGCUGGCCGGCGUGGGCAUGAUGGGAUCAUGUCUGAAGGUAAUUGAACACACGCUAGAACAAAGAUGA